UCUUCUUCCUCUGCAUAAGGUUAAAAAUUCCAGCACUUUUUUCUCUUCAUAAGUUUGUCUUCUAGUGUUAAUGUGACUUUUUUGGGGUUCCUCAAGUUAUUAAUUACUCUUCUUCUCCUUAGUCUAAUGGUGAUGGCAGGGGUGUAAUUAUGAUUUAGUUGGGUACUUUGGUUUGUGUCAAAACUGUGACACACCUCUUCACAAUUCCAAAAUGGGUGCUUAAAAAGCACUCGAUGUCCCUUUUGAGAAACCUUGUCUUAGAGAUUCCUUGCUCCACUCUCUUGAGUUAGCUAUUUUAGUGUGUGCUAGUGGUGUCAGUUAUAUAUAUACACACACAAGGGCGGUGAAGGGGAUAGUUAGUUCCCACUUGAAUACCAUCAUUACCAAACUUCUCCACAAAACCAAAACCUCUCCAAACAACUUUUGAGUCAAAAUUUAUCAUUUCAAAGCACUCUCCAAUAGGAUAAGUUUGUGUUGUGUCAUCCCAGUGGUUGGUUGGUUGCAUUGUAAACCCUUCUCUGGCUCUGAUAAAGGUUCAAUCUUCUUGUUGCCAGCUUUUGUACAUGCCAGUUUAUAGCCACCUUUACCAUUUCUUUUGAACCAAAAUCACCAGAAUAAGCCUUUCUCCUCAUUGUCUCUCAAGAACAUGGCCCCUUCUAGAACAGCAACAACAAUAGCAUCAACAAGGACAACCUCAAAGACAUCAACAACAACAAGAAGAACAAGACAUCAAAGAAGAACAACAAACUUCAAGAAGAAGCAGCACCACAACACAAGGAGCAAGAAACAAGAGGUUGUUCUUGUUCCCACAGUGUUGCCCUCCACCUGCUCCUCCAUAAGCUCGCAAGACUCUUCUAAGGAAGUUGACAUGGACACGCAUGGUUCUGAGAUCAUUGAUGUGUCAGAAAGUGUAUGUUCCACACCAAAGGGUCAGAAAUUUAGGAUCCCUGAGAUCUCAACAUGCCCUCCAGCACCAAAGAAGCCAAGAGUUCUCUCAAAUUGCUCCUUACGAAGGUCUCCACUCUCAUUCUUUACGCCCCCUGACUUGGAGCACUUCUUCUUGGUGGCACUUAGAGAUGUCUCGGUUUGAUUUUGUGUGUUAAUACAAGAAACAUACAUGUGUUAUAGCAAUAAGAUCAUGACACUUUAGAAGAUGGACUUUUGAAGUGGUUUUUUUUUACUAUAUCAUGUGCACCUCUAGCAAAUGAGAGAGGUCUACAUGCUUUGGGAACUCUAGAUUUUGGUGUGUUCAUCUUAGGAGAUAGUUACUAGUUACUACUUCUUCCUCCCCCUUUCUUUAAUUUCUGCUAAUUUUGACAAUUUGUAGGGUUUGCUUUGUUAGUUACUAAAUCUAGUUGGGGGUGGCUCCCCAACUAAAUUUAGGUUUUAAGCUUACUUUUUUUUUUUUUAGAAGAUAUGUUCUGACCUUUAAGUGUGCUGAGUGCAAAUGUAAUGGUUUGGUUUAAGGUUUGUGAGUGUUCAAGCUUGCAACUCUACAAAGCUUCAGUUGUCAAUUAGAGAAAGUAAAGUCAUACACUUUCCUUUUGUAUGCAAAUUUCUCUUUAUUUUAUUUUCCUCUACUGCAUCAGUUGUUGGUAUUUUCUUUUCCUCUACUGCAUCACUUGUUGGUGGUGAUAUAACUGAUAAUUUUUAUUUUAAUCAA